AACCGGCCGCACCGCCCCCCACUACCACCACUCCUCCCUCCAGCUCCGCCUCUGCUUCGCGAUACGCUGCUAUCCACGAGCCAUCCUUCCAUCAGCGCUGUUGCCACAUCGGCGUAAUCCCGCGUCUCGGAUCCAACAAAUAGCUCCCACUCGAUUCGUAGCGGUCUUGGAGUUCUUUCUGGCUCUCUGAUCUCCGCUUUGGAUCUUCUCUGUUCCCGUGUAUCGUCUCCACGAAAAGUUUCGACGCUUCUUUCGAUCCGUCUCUGUCACCGCCUCUCUGAUCAGCGCAGGGGGAGAAACCAGAUGGCGAAUCUUGCCGCGCUUCGGCCGUGGCUCGUCUUGCUGGUGGCAAUGGCCGCCGUGUCGUCGUGGUCUGGCGUCGCGACUGUGGAGGCGCUGGGGAUGAACUGGGGCACGCAGGCCUCGCACCCAUUGUCGCCCAAGAUCGUGGCGCAGCUGCUCAAGGACAACGGCAUCAAGAAGGUGAAGCUGUUCGACGCCGACCAGGAUACGCUGAGCGCGCUCGCCGGCACGGGCAUCGAGGUCAUGGUCGCCAUCCCCAACGUCAUGCUCGACAGGAUGACGGACUACGACACCGCCAAGGAGUGGGUCAAUCGCAACGUCUCCCGCUACCACUUCGACGGCGGCGUCACCAUCAAGUACGUGGCCGUGGGCAACGAGCCGUUCUUGGCGUCCUACAACGGCACGUUCGACAAGGUCACCUUCCCAGCUCUGCAGAACAUCCAGAACGCGCUGAACGAGGCCGGCCUCGGCGACACCAUCAAGGCCACCGUCCCGCUCAACGCCGACGUGUACUUUUCCCCGGCGAACAACCCGGUGCCGUCGGCGGGCCGGUGGCGCGCCGACGUUGCCGACCUGAUGACGCAGAUGGCGCAGUUCCUGAGCAACAACAGCGCCCCCUUCACCGUGAACAUCUACCCGUUCAUCAGCCUGUUCCUGAACGACGACUUCCCGGUGAACUUCGCCUUCUUCGACGGCGGCGCGACGCCCGUGGUCGACAACGGCAUCUCGUACACCAACGUGUUCGACGCCAACUUCGACACCCUGGUGGCGGCGCUCAAGGCUGUCGGGCACGGCGACCUGCCCAUCAUCGUCGGCGAGGUCGGCUGGCCCACCGACGGCGACAAGCACGCCACCAACGCCUACGCGCAGCGCUUCUACAACGGCCUGCUCAAGCGGCUGGCGGCCAACACCGGCACGCCUGUCCGGCCGAACCAGUACAUCGAGGUGUACCUGUUCGGCCUCCUCGACGAGGACAUCAAGAGCGUCGCCCCCGGCAACUUCGAGCGGCACUGGGGCAUCCUCCGGUACGACGGGCAGCCCAAGUACCCGAUGGACCUCACGGGACAGGGCCAGAACGCGAUGCUCGUGCCGGCGCAGGGCGUGGAGUACCUGCCCAGGACGUGGUGCGUGAUCAACACCAACUCCCAGAACAUGGACAAGCUCGCCGACAACAUCAACUACGCGUGCACCUUCGCCGACUGCACCGCGCUGGGGUACGGCUCGACGUGCGGCGGCAUGGACAGCAACGGCAACGCGUCCUACGCGUUCAACGCCUUCUUCCAGGUGCAGAACCAGAAGGACGAGGCCUGCGACUUCCAGGGCCUCGCCGUGCCGACGCAGACGGACCCAUCCACCGCCGCGUGCAACUUCACGAUACAGAUCGCCACCACCUCGGCGGGUCACCGGCGGCGUGCCGGAUCGUUCGGCGCCGUUGCCACGGCAGUGUUGGUUUUGGCCCAUUUAUUCUUACUGCUUUAGAUAGACAGGGAAUUUAGACCAAAUCCCUUUGGAUUGGCAGAUAAAUCGGUUCGGUUUUUUCUCACAAGCCCAAAACGUAUUGUUACUAAGCUCACAUCGGGAACGUGAGAUGGACAGAGAGAUUACACCCGGUUCAAUUGUUGCAUUUUUUUUUUGGUGAAAUAAUUAGUAGUCUUGUACUGGAGAUACAUGUAUACUUCAGGAGAUGUA